UAUGGCAGAGGACAGGAAAGCCUGGAAGAACAUUGUCCAUGGGGACACGAUGGGUCGGACAUGACUUUGCAACUAACAACAACAACAACAGUUUCAUCAAAAUAAGAUCUUAGGAGAUAUUCCUAUGUAUGCAAGUCAUACACACACCGCUAUGUUGGGGUAUAUUUGAAGUCUCUAGGUUUGUUUUUAGCUUGGUUAAUUAAGCAAGUUGGGCAUUGUAUGGGAUUAUGAACAUAUGUAUUUCUUCUAAUUUAUUCCUGGGGGCAUUUUCUUAUAUUCAAUUACACCUUUCCAUCUGGCAAGUGCAGUAGAUGGUUUGAGUGUAUGCUCUGAAGACUGGCACAGUUUAUUUAAAUCAGGGGUGUGCAACUUUUUCAAAACUGAAGGUUGUGUGGAUAAGUUGAGCACCAUAUUCCAUAAUGGGGGUGAGGGUGGGCAUAUAGACAAAAUAGCCCAUCUGUAGCAAUAGGAGGUAUGAACUGCUAGCAGUAUUUGGAGACCUCAGUGAUUGGCUGGAUAGUCAUAUAUUGAAUAUGGUGUGGUGAAACCUGUAGUGUGCAGGGCAAUAAUUUAAUGACCUCUUAAGUCUUUCCAACUUAAGAUUCCAUAAUUGCAUCCAAGGAGGCCUUUGUGUGCUUUUGCUCUGAGUUCACAGAUAGAACAGAAGUUGAAGCAGCUAAAAUAUCUCCUGACUCUUUUAGAUGGGCUUUCUCUUUUCCCAAAGAAACCCAUCUUUAUUCCUACAAUAUGGAGGGAUGGAUAGCAUUCAGAUCAUGAUCAAAUCACUUCAAAGAAGAAAAGAAUGAAAAUAAUCUACAUGAAAACAGUUGGAGUUCUGUCACCGAUAUCCCAAAUUAUGGCCUUCGUGGCAAGGGGAGAUUUUUACUGGUGUGCCAAAGCUAAGGAAGGCCUGUUUCACUUUUCCACAUAAUAUAUCUCUUCUAGUAGUACAGUUCAGAGGAGAUCCCAUGAGAAAAUUUAAUACUGGGGCAGGUAACGUCCCCCAAACAGAUCUGAGAGUUAUAUUAUAGAAUUCAACACUAAUUCAUUUUAAAAAGAACAGUUUUGCCUGCUGUGUUGUGACACAUCAGAUCUUAAUAGGCACUGAUUGUCAAACCACCUUGGUACUUUUAGAAAUUGUUCAUUUCCUUUCCUUUUCUCUUUCUUUUUCCUUUCCUCUCCUCUCCUCUCCUCUCCUCCCCACCUCUCCCCUCCCCUUUGAUUUGAUUCAUAGGCUAGUAAAACCAAGCCUGGAUAUGUUUAUAUAGUGGUUAAAAUCCUGUGCUUGCACAGCUGUCAUUCAGAGAAUCAUGAUUAUGGACAAACUUGACUAUGACUUGCACAACUAGUGUUGAGGGCAAGUUUUGACUCCUUCAGAAUCUCCAGGCGCUUCCACAUAGACUAAACUAUAUUUCGCUCCCUUGAAUAUCAACAGUUUUCUAUCAAAUAUAGAUACGAGACACUGUGCUCUCUUUAGAUGGGGCUCCUAUGACCUUCUAAAUAUUGCUUAUGUUACAUUUUCCAGCAUCUUUUUAUCACUGUCAAAGCUAUGGCUUGCAUUUUGGUAUCACCAGUUUUUCAAGCAUCAUUUUGUUUCUUUACAGUUAUUGUCUUACUUCAGAAUUACUGGGAUCAUACAAUAUAUUCAUAUACCUAUAAAGAAUCAUGGGACACAUGUAGCCCAACAGUUCCAAACCUGGGUUAAUUGUUAAAAAUUUGGUAAAGUGGCUUUUCUUUGGGUAACUACACACAAAUCCAUUACCCAUUCACAAGCAGGACAUUUAAAUGACUUUUGUAAGGUUUUACCUACAUUGGGUGAAAAAGACUUUCUGACAAGUUGUUUUGGUUAACAAAGGAAAAUGUAUAUAUAGCAUUCCUGAUGUCUAUUUAAACAAAGUUGUCUGCAAAUGCAAAGUUUUCUAUAACUCCUGCAUGGCAGAAGUUUUCAGAAAUGUCCAAAACCAGUACAGCUGCAGGGAAUAAAACUGCUCCCAAAGCAGAAAAUGCAGCAGUGCAGUUGAGUCCAUCCACUCCACAUUCAGACAACGAGGCAGUCCAAACAGAGUCACCGGUUGGUACAAAGAAUGUAGGAACUUCACCAGGGAAAAUCAGAGGGCGACAGGAAGUAGCAGGUAAUACUGAGGGAUAUAAGUUUGCCAAAGAUCUCUCCUCUUUUCUUGUUGCAAGUCUCCCGUAUUCUCCAAAUAAAGAACUCUCCCCAUCAGAGAUUUCGUCAACAAUGGAAACACAACAGAAUGUUGGUUCAAAAAAAAUGGACCAAGCGUCACCAAGUGGAGAAGAAAAUGUCGCCCCAUUUGGGGUGAAAUUAAAGAGGACCAAUUACUCCUUGUGUCUUUUCUCUCUUGACUCAGAGAUUUGCUAUCUUUCAAAAAUAAAGGUUUUGCAUCUUGUUCAUUGUCUGGGGUGACCAGUGGAGUUGGCAAGCCACUGUAUCUUUUCUUCUUCUUUUGCUCUGCUUGCUGGUCAUAGUGAAAACGCAAGGAGUAAUUGGCCAUCCAAUUUUGUUUAAAUAUCUCAUGUGAAGGAGAGUUUACCAUUGCUGGAUGUAUUUUGUUCCAUUAUUGUCUUACUAUUAGGAAUUUUUUCCAGAUGUCACGAAAAUCUACUUUAUUGUAAUUCAAUCCCAUUGUUUCUUGUCAUGUCUUCUGGAACAAUUCUGACAAGUCUAUUUUUCUACAUGGUAACCCUUCAAAUACUUGAAGAAAGCCAUCUUGUCUCCUGUCUUAUACUAAAUAUCCUAGUGUCUCCAAACUCCCUUCAUAAUUUCUUCCUUCUAGACCGAACCUCAUCCUAGCUGCGGUUUGAUACAUUCCAGUUUUUCCAUGGCUUUCCAAAAAUAUGGAUGCAAUAUGGCGAUGUGGUCUGAUCAAUGCAAUACUGAGAGGAAUAAUGACUUUUCUUGGAUUCAAUAGUAUACUUCUGUUGAUGCAACCUGGAAUUGCUUGGCUUGUUUUGCAGCUGUUUUCAUCUAACUGUGUAUUGUUGCAACUCCUGUUGUAUACACAUGUAUAUGUACGUGCAUAUGAGCCAAGUCAUAAAUCAUGCAUCAUAACUCACAAUGGCUAACUUCAUACAUACUACUUAACUAAAAUCAAGCAAAUCAAUUUUUUGUUUGUAUGCAUUAAAUACAUAUAUGUACAUCAGAGGAGGUUGGCAGAAAAAGAGGGAAGGAGAGAAAUGAAGUACUUCUUCCUUGUUCAGACUUCAUAAUUCCUCCAUAAUUGUAAAUCUGCAAUACUUACUGAAAAAAGGGAGCGGAAACAGUGGUGAGGAUAUGUUUGUUUAAGCUGGCUGGUAAUACUUUGUAUCAGUGGAUGAUUUCCUGCUUGGAAUUGAACAAAUUCCUUCCCAUUCCCCAGAGAAAAUAGAAAAAUCAGGGAUAGGGGUGAAGGACAAGUUCACAUAAAUAAACAUGGGGGGAGGGGGGAAACUAGAAUUUAUAUCAGUCUGAGAAUGCAGAAGUGAAAAAUGGAAUAAAAUGAGAUUUUAGAAUCUCAUCUGGGAAUAAAGUGACUUUAUAAUUUGAAAUUAGAUGAUAGAGACCCAAGAAUAAAAAAUGGAAACAAGAGAGGGAAAACACAUAUUUUGUUUCUGAGGGAAGAGGGCAGAUGCAUUUCCUAAACUCAGAUUUGCUAUCUAAAGCAGUGAUUUUCAAAGCUGACAACUUUAACUUCAACUCCCAGCCAGCACUGCUUUAAAGCCACAGUUGUGGUUGUUUCUAAUGUUAUAGUACUUGGUUUUAGAGAAAAAAAAUAUUAUGAGAAAAUAUUACCAUUCUUAUCCCACCUAACCAACGUACAUAUCUUAGGUUUUUUUUAAAGAAUGCAUCUUUAGUCUUCAUUAGUACAAUCAAAACCUAUUCAUAAUUUUUAAGAAACCUAUUUUACAUGAUCUAUGAGGGAGUUAAGAUUGAAGUCAUAAGUUAAAUGGGUGCUGAGGACAUGGAGAGCAUGGACUUCAUCUGGAUGCCCAAAACUGCACCCUUAAAAGACCAUAUCUGCCUAUGUGACUGAUUCAUGGACAUGACAAUCUAAGCCUGUCAGAUAUAAGCAAACAUUGAUCAAGAUGGUGAUAGCUCUUUUUAUUCCCUUCUUUGCAGAAGCAUUUCUGCAAACCUUACUGAUGGUCAGCUAACUUCGUGCAUUGCUAUUUAAAUGUUUGAGAUGUGGAUAAUUUUCCAAAAUGUGGAACAUUUCAUAACACCUCAAACAGCAGCAACAUGUAGAAGAAAAUCAAUGUUGUGGCAAUCAGAUGAGAUAUUUAUUUCAAAAGAUGCGAACUAUGUUUAUUUCACAAUUAUUCUUUUGAUAUAUGAUCUGACUUGGAAAGUAAAUGUGCAAAACACUUGAUUUCUUUUCCUAAGGAAAGCUGUGAGUUUUAAGUUUGAGUUUGAUAGUGUUGUCUUUAGUUAAACAAGAGUUAAAUAUCUCCUUAGUUUAGUUUUAGUUAAAAUAUCACUUUAGUUAAACAAGAUAAGCAAUUAACUAAGCAAGUCCAUUUUUUGUGGCAUCCAUAUAUUACCCCAAGCCAAGAAAAUCUGAUUGUAUAACUUCUUCUCAUCCUCCCAGCAACAACAGUCCUUCAGAAUGUAGGAUAUGAAUGUGUUCAGUUAAAAAAAAAUAGCUAUGGUUUCUUAUUUAUUUUGGUAAGCACAGCAAUCAGGUUGAGUACAGGUAUAAUUUGACAAAUACUGCCUAUAUUCAGAACAAUUACAAAAUAAGAAGGCCAAGCUCCAAAUAUUACAAGUAAAAAGUAUGGAUACAUGCAAGCAAUGUAGAAAGGAGCACAUGUAGAACAAAUGAAAUAAUAGAAAAGAUUCUAGAAAAUACCUGGAUUUAUUUUUACCUACACUAGAAUAUUGCCUUAAAAUAGUGUAUUUGUCCCUGAAGUCUUUCAGAUGUGUUGGAUAUCAUGAGUCAUCAUUCACAGGCAUCGUGGUCAGUUAGAUUUUGAAAUCCAACCCACCAUGAUAGGUUAGGGAUGGAAGACUGGUAAAGAAAAAAUAUGCCUAGAUAGACAGGAUAAGACUUUUCAAAUUAUGCUUGGUAUGAAGAGAGAAUGCAAUGUUGUUCUUGUCUCAUGAUGCAACCGAUGUGUCCCUCACAGUCCAUAAUUGCCCCAUGGAACCUCUUCCUCCAAGAUCAGAAUUGGGAGGUCAGAGCCAUGAUGUAGGGAAAGAAGAACUUGCCUGCAGUCAUGGUUGCCUUCUUAAUGGUGAAAUUUCUGAAAAUAUUUAGUUGAUCACUAUGGGGAACAGAAGGAAGCUAUACGAGAUAGACUGGACUUUUACAUUAAGAGCCCAUUUAGUGUAGUGGGUAAGGUGCAGGACCAGAGACCCUGAGCUUCAGUUCUCCCUUAGGUAUGGAAGCUGGCUGGAUCACUUUGGACUAGUCACUUUCUCUUAGCCUAGCCACCUCGCCUCACAUGGAUGUUGUAAGAAAAGCAGGAGGGCAUCUUAUGCAUGCCCUCUUGAGUUGAACACAAUCAAAUCAACUAACUGAAUCAACAAUCAACGUUUUUAAUCACCUAGUCUCUCGCCUCUUUUCCACCCAGAUGGAAUUUCUAUAGGGCAUAGUUAUAGAAAUGGGUUGUUGUUUUUUAAUCAGAAGGAAUGAGAUUUUGCAACUGGCCCUUUGACCAAAGAUGAGUCAAUCAGAAAUGUGUUUGAAAACAGAGGAAAAGAGUGAAAUAUUUCUUUAAAAACAUGUCUUUGUGGGAAAAGACCCUAGGAAAUAUCCAAAGACCUAUACUUUUUGUAGACACUCAGCGCCCGCCCACCUCCUCCCCCCCAUUACUUUUGUCACCCGAAUUCUUGGGUCUCUGCAAACGCACUGGCCCAAUUGAGCCCGCCCACUUCUCCUGGACCGUCCCUCUCCCCGUCAUUGGCUAGCCGCUUUCUUCGAAGGAAUUUAAAAAGGAUAAAUAAGGUUCGUCAGCUCAGGAAGCCAGAAGACUGCCGGACGCACCUGCUCUCCCGCUGACAUGCCGAUCUUCCGAGCUUUGGCUUCUUUCGGCCUCCUGCUCUUCUUUCUCCAAGUCAGCCUUCCCUCUGGGCGAAGCUGGCAAGUGCUUAAAAACGAUGCCACGGAGUUCAUCCCAGAUUUCCUGGACAAGACCUUUGGGGCAGCGGAGCAGCCAGUGCAAGAGGCGUUUGCCUACAACGAGAGUGAAAUCACGAGCAACCGAGCCCAGCAAGGACGGAGGAAUUCCCAGGUUUCUUCGGGAAGGAUGGAACCCCUGCAGUUUGGCUGCCGUGAAGUCUAUUCCACCCGCUAUGUCACCAGUGGCCCCUGCCGCAGCACCAAGCCAAUCAAGGAGCUCGUGUGUUCUGGCCAAUGCUUACCAACUCAUCUCCUCCCCAAUUCAAUUGGUAAGGGGAAAUGGUGGCGGCAGCAUGCCAUGGAUUACCGCUGCAUCCCAGCACAAAGUCAAUUCCAACGUGUCCAGUUAGCCUGCCCUGGUGAGGAUAUUCAGUUUAUCAAGACCAAAAUCAUCACCUCCUGCAAAUGCAAACGGUACACUCGCUACCACAAUCGUUCUCAGCUCAAGGACUUCAGCAAGGAGACCACCCGUCCUCAGAAAAACAAAAAACCUCGGGUCCCCAGGGCCAGGGGCAGCAAGGCCAACCAAGUGGAGCUGGAAAACUCCUUCUAGAUGGAGGCUGUUGGUGAGACCUCAGCCCAGAAGAGUAGAGAUUUUUGCCUCACCCACCCUCUCUUUUUGAUGGCACUGGGAUCAAAAUGGGACUGAGCGAAGGGAGGGCCAUGGCCAUCAUGGCUGCUCUCCCAACCAGAGGUUCAAAAUUGAUGUGGCUGAAAGCUAUCAGAUUUGGAUGAGAGCUCCAAGGGGGAGGGAAGAAUUCAAAUUGAGCAGAUGGUAGCAGUUCUCAGUCUGAGAGAGGAGUGACUCAGAGAUUAGAGAGGGUCACAUUGUCUAUAACAUUGAAGGGGGAGGCAAGCUCUGUGCACUACUACUUUUUUCCCAAGACUUCUUUGUCCUUCCUUAAUGGACAAAGGAUUGGCAUCUCUCUAGCAAAAUGGCCAGGUGUUUGUGUAGAAUAAUCUAACCUUACCAGAUCACUGCCUUUAAAACAGAUUUAACCAGUCUGAUCCCUUCUAGUUGUGGUGAGUUGUUAAAACCAUGACUUAUGGAUCAGCAUAUGUUAUGUGAAUCCAGCUGAUUAUGUCUUUCUAAAUAAGCUAUGAAUAAAAUCAUGGUUUAGCAUGAUUUUGUGUACCAGGUCAUGAUUCAAUGCACUAUUUUGGGGUUAAAUCAUAUAGUAUAAUGCCUUCCUUGUCAUAGCACCUUCUACAUAUGUUGGAAUAUGAUUUCAUCAGCCAUUAUGGUGAUGAGAACUGAAGCCCAACACAUAUAAUGGGCACCAAAUUGGGGAAAAAUGAACAACUCAGAAUAGGUGUAUACUAUUUUUGGCAUUUCAAAUGUUAUGAAUUACAACUUCAAACAUUUCCUAUGUUAAGCCGUAUCUUCUCUGGAUGCUGGUAGUUGUAGUUCAGCAACAUCUGGAACCCACAGGUGGCCUAAGCCUGGUUUAAAGAAUGAUGCCUUCUCUUCCCAUUCCUUUACUUAGUGUCACCUAUGCUUUCAAGCUUAUGCUACUGGGAAAACCACCGCCAGUCUUUGGGUGGCACAGAUGUUGCUAAAUAUUGCCAAGCUGUAAAUUAUAACAACAGUACAAUAUUCCAGAUCAGACUCCGCCCCUACCCAAUUGCUAGACUCUUAAGAUGCACAGCCUUUUCUUCAACCUGAAUAGAUGUUGUUUGCAGUGGAAGGUGUGAAAGGCAGUGAAAAAGUUGACUUCCCUAAGAUUUAAAUAACAUCUUUAUUUAUUUCCUCAUAAAAACUAUUUAUGUUCUUUGACUCUCUUGUUCAUGUAGCCAACUGGGCAAUCUUGUUCCUUGAUAUUUAAUCUGAGGUUUCAGAGUUAUGCAGAUAUAUUUCUACAAAUAAUCAAUAAAAU